AUGCUGGUUGUCGCCCUAACAAUCACCGGAGACGAAGUAUGCCACAUUAUUGAUGAUAAUAGCUACGCUGUAAUAUUCGUCCUGCAGGGAAAGUCACGGCACAUGGAGGCGGACGUGAGUAAAGUGGUGGACAACAGUAAUCCCAUGAAGGCCAAGAACGUGCAGCUAAAGUAUCCCCUCAGAAUCAGAGUCAGGAAAUCUCCAGUCCUCAUCCACUUUGACAUGCACAAAGUUGCCACGUUCAGUCAUCAUCCCUAUGAGAUUAUGAGGAAGAAGAAAAAGUGCAGAGCUGAUUGGUUCGCCAAAGACAGACAGCUUGGCUGUGGAAGACAGUAUACUCCUACAGGACAAAAGAUAUUUGAUAGCCAGGGUGUGUGCUGCGGGUGUGAUCGGAAGAGUAAGAGGGACCACGCCUACGAGUUGAUGGCUCCACGACUCAUCUUCGACAUCUUUGUCGACAUCGAGGAGCAGCAGUAUACACUGGAUGACAAGCCCUACUGGAAGAAACUCUCCACGUUGGAGCUUGGCCCACACCGCCAUGUGGCAUCUUCUGACACCUUCAUAGUAAAAGCUGAGUACAUAGGAGACUUUCACCCAGACACAUUUUCCCGGACAAAACUCCUCCUGUCAAAGUACAUAAUCAUCCCUGAUCUGGAUGACAUUCAGAGGAAGCUAGGGAAGAGCCCGGACCUGGCCAAGGAACUACGCGACAGGAAAGAGAUACACUUCAUGAAAAAGAGUUCUGAGUGGCUGGCGGUCGAUCAGAACAUGGUGGCCCUCAAUGAUGGAGGAAACACUUGUGACAGGAUGGGGGUUACCUAUAGUGACUUCAGGUGGCAGUCUGACUUCUGCACCAACAAGGAACACAGCUGUCUGUAUAUGCAGGCACACAACCUGUACUGGAACGACAAGGAUAAGAUUGAGAAAGGGAAGCGCCCUCUGUACAUGCUAUUCACAUUUGGGAAGCUACACUCGGUGACCAACACCAAGUUCUCGAUGCCCACUGGCCACCUCACCUUCAAGGCAGCUCGCUUGAGACGCUCAAUGGUAGUGGUGACACUUGCAGCUGAUGACCUCAAGAUCAUCACUCACCUGGCCCCUGCUCGUAUCAUAGAGGCGUUUAUUGAACCGUUUCAAGCACUCACUGAGUCGGGCGAGCUCACAGUUGUGGCCCAGAACACUGGCACAAUCACUGCAUCCUACCAGGCAGGCAGAUGCUGGCAGUACUAUGUCGCUGAAGACCUCAUUACACUUGAUCCACAGCAGACAUCAAACCUCUCCUUCACCAUGCACUCUAUCUACAGCGUUGGCAAGAUCAACAAGUGCGAUGUUGAGCUCAGCAACCAGAACGGAGAGCUCCUGGACAAUAUGACUGUUUUAUUUGAGACUGAAGACACCUGUUUCUGCUACGACCAGUGUGGAUGUGUUUGUGGAAAUGAGACUGAUACCUGUCCACCACCUCCCACCUACCACAAGAACGACACCUUCAUAGACUUUGGGAAGAGGUUGCGUUUCUUCAAAAAGGCUGUGGACUUUAUGAAGGGCAACUUUGGCAAGUUUGUGUUGGUCAGCUGGUUCAUCUGGCUCCUCAUCUGUCUCGGUGGACUCAAAGUCCUCCACAUGAUGUUUACUGGGGAGGUUGACUACCCAGCAGUCUCAGAGCCCACCAUGAUGGCCGCACAGGCUGCGUUUGAAGUGUGGCAGAAAAUCGCCAACGAGUGGUGCCCGGCACUUCACAAGUUUGUGACCGGAACGUUUCAGCGAUGCUGCCUCUGCUGUUUCUCGUGUGUCGGUCAGCUGAUAACAGGGGAGAAGGACGAUGUCCCUACCACUAAUGCAAUGAGCGAUUACGAGAGGGGCUGGCGGCGGCCGAGGGCGUGCAACGGGAUGUGUCACGGAGCCAAGACAGCUCGACGGCUCCACCGGAAACAGAUGAGGAUCAACAAGAGGAAAGGGGUGAAGAAUGAGACGCCUUGGUACCACAAGAAAUACGAAUGCACCUGUAAAGUCUCUGAUACUAUGCCAUGCUGUGACAUCUGUAAGGGGCUGUGUUUCUUCUUCUAUCUCCCUCUCCUCCCACUCUGGUGGACACUGGAGUUCCUGUGGGAGUACGGUCGGAGGAAGUGGAGGAGAAGCAAGCGGAAGAAGAGAUAUCGAGCCCUGAAGGCCAGCCAGGUUGAAAAGGCCAAAGACCAGUACCUCUCAGUAGACCAGUACACCAGGGGCAAAGUCGAGAAGCAGAUUCUUGGGCUCAACAACAAAAUAAAGAAGGCGCGCCACAAAAACAGAGGGUACGGGAGUGGCUCUGACAGUGAAUCUAGUGACACCAGUGACGAAGACCAGGCAGUAGAUAUUGAUGAGCUCCUCAACCCUGGCCACCCAGUCUUUUUCAACUAUGCCAAUAUUACAAAGGCACCAUCCUCACUAAAGUCUCCCGGGGCAAACUUCAGCAUCAAAGGCAGGCUAGUAGAGGACAACGGAAGCUACAUCUUUGAACUAUUCCACUACACUCACCAGGUGAAGUAUGUAGUAUCGGACAAGGCAAGAGAUCUGAACCCAACAAAGGUUCUAGACAAGCACCAGUUCACGAGAAGGCUGAGCGACGUGCAGACAGCCCUCAAACUGGUGACCCUCUCGCCUCUAUUCACCACACUCAACGAUCAGUGCAAGAAAUAA